ACCAAGUGCUAGCCAAAAAAGCCCAGUUUCAAGCAACCAAAUAGCCACGUCUGCUGUUUGUCCUCCAAAUGGACUAUUUCUCUGCCACUAAUAACUCUAGCUCAGAUGGCUCUAACUCUAACUCUUCUUCAGGGACCAAACACAACGGCACCGGAGAGAAGAUCAAGGGUGGCGUGAAGAGCAAAAGCAAAGGAGUGAGGCUUUCCACAGACCCGCAGAGUGUGGCGGCCAGAGAGAGGAGGCAUAGGAUCAGUGACCGGUUCAAGAUCUUGCAGAGCUUGGUUCCUGGUGGGACCAAAAUGGACACGGUGUCCAUGUUAGAGGAAGCUAUCCACUAUGUGAAGUUCCUCAAGGCCCAGAUAUGGCUUCACCAGAGCAUGAUCAACUUUGUGGACGACGAUGAUCGUCUUCACCAUGACCGUUCAUCAUCCUCAUCAUCCUCAUCUAUGUUCCAGUACCAGCUUCCCGCUGAUCAUCAUCUUCAUCAUCCAACUGGGUCCCAUGAUUUCUACUCUCAGAAUAAUUUCGUGCAACCACCUUCACCAGCUAUGAAUAUUCCAUUGCCUGACCCUAAUUACUUCCAAGGUCAAGAAGCCAUGCCCAAUAUUGAAGCCUACAUGAAAUAUUAUAGUUAGUUUAUAAGUAGUUCUCUCUCUCUCUCUCUCUCUCUUAGCCACAUUCACUAUGUGUGCUUUCUAUGACUAUGAGCAAGUAUGUAUUAGUGAUAUUUAAGUUAUGGUUAGCCUUGGACUGGUGUAU